AUGAAGUUUCCUCUGUUGAUGCUGGUCCUACAGGCCGCUGCCUCUGGAGCCGUUCCUCUGACUAACUCCACAGGCUCUGAGGAGAACGAUGUGCUCUUCGCUGAAAGGUACCUGGCAUCCUUUUACGGUUUUGUCAUGGAUGGAGUUCCAGUGACAAAAAUGAAAGUCAGUCCGAACUUGAUGAAGAAUAAACUUCAGGAAAUGCAGCAGUUCUUGGGGCUGAAAGUGACUGGGAGACUGGACGCCUCUACUCUGGACAUGAUGCACAUGCCCCGAUGUGGGGUUCCUGAUGUCCACGAGUUCAGGACACUGGCAGGGAGGCCAGUGUGGAGGAAACGCUUUCUCACCUACAGAAUCAACAGUUACACUCCUGACAUGAAGCCUGCAGAUGUUGACUAUGCCAUCCAAAAAGCUUUUCAAGUAUGGAGUGAUGUGACUCCCCUGAAAUUCAGGAAAAUUCACUCAGGAGAGGCUGACAUUAUGAUCGGAUUUGCCUCUGGAGCUCAUGGAGACUUCAGUCCUUUUGACGGCAGAGGGGGAAUCAUAGCCCAUGCUUUCGGACCCGGACCCGGUAUUGGGGGAGACACACAUUUCGACGAGGCUGAAACCUGGACUGCGAACUACAGAGGCACAAGCUUGUUCCUAGUUGCUGUUCAUGAGCUUGGCCAUUCCUUGGGUCUUGGCCAUUCCAGUGAUCCAAAAGCCAUAAUGUUCCCUACUUACAGUUACGUUGACCCCAACACCUUUCGCCUCUCUUCUGAUGACGUACGUGGCAUUCAGUCUCUCUAUGGAGGUCCAGAAAGGCGCCAACCCCCAUCACAUGCUGACACUACAGAAUCGGCCACCUGCAACCCCAGUCUGAGUCUUGACGCUGCCACUACUGUGGGAAAUAAAAUCAUUUUCUUUAAAGACAGAUACUUUGGGUGGAGGAAUCCUGAGAGUCCAAAGAGCAAUAUUAGUUUAAUUUCUUCUUUCUGGCCAACCUUACCAUCUGGCAUUCAAGCUGCUUAUGAAAUUGGAGACAGAAAUCAAGUCUUUCUUUUUAAAGAUGAUAAGUAUUGGGUAAUUAGCAACUUAAGACCACAACGACUCUAUCCCAAGAAUGUACGUUCGUUGGGCUUUCCUAACUUUGUGGAAAAAAUUGAUGCAGCUGUUUUUAAUCCACUUCUCUAUAAGACCUACUUCUUUGUAGGUAAUCAAUAUUGGAGGUACGAUGAGAGGAGACAACUCAUGGACCCCGGUUAUCCCAAAUUCAUUACCAAAGCCUUUCUGGGCAUUGGGCCUAAAAUCGAUGCAGUCUACUAUAAUAACAGACACUACUAUUUCUUCCAAGGAUCUCAUGUAUCGGAAUAUGAUGUCCUAUCCCAUCGUGUCACCAAAAGGCUGAAACACGAUAUCAAUUUAGGUUGUUAG